AUGUUCUCAAUCAAUCAAAACUUUGAGAAGGCAAAUUAUUAAUUGUUGGGGGAUAAUACGAUUCAUUAAGAUUCAUGGUGCGGGGCUGUUGCAAUAGAUGAAAUACAUGAUUUACUAUUGGUAGGUCACAAAUUCGUCAUCAAGGUAUUCUAAUUUAAAAAUGGAGCUUUGAAUAGAUUAAGUCUACUUUUCAACCAUACAGAUUUUGUUACAUCUCUAAGUCUAAUGUAAAAACAAUCAUUUUUCUUAUCUGGAUCUCAUGAUAUGAAGAUUGUUGUAAUGUCUGUUCAUUUGAUGUCAAAUCCUAAAUACAUCAUCAAAUUAGCAAGUCAUAUGAAUUCAAUUACUCAAGUUUUGUCACAUCCGAUUAACAAAGAAAUGUUUAUGUCUAGCAGCAAAGACCAUACAAUCAAAUUUUGGAGAAUCUCAUCAAGGAUAUCUAAAAAGCAUUGUUUUCAAACAAUAAACCAUCACACAUAGUCUGUUAUAAAAUUAUCCAUUAAUGAAGAUGGAACUACACUAAUCUCUCUUGGGAUGGAUUAAUUAAUAUUAGUUUUGACUCAAUAAGAAUUAUGUUGGGUUGUAAAAUAGAAAAUACAUGUCAGUAAAGAAGGUCCAAACAUACUCUUUAUAACGAACGAAAUGUUCAUAUUUUAACCUUAUUAGGGUUUCUUAAAAGAAUAGAGCCCCGAAACUAUAUGGGUUUAUAAGUUAAAAAAAGAAAAUGAAUAGUACUCGUUAUUUUAAAAUAUAAAAACAAGUGACACCCUCUAAGCUUGUAUAGGAUCCUUUCCAUUGUUUUACAAUCAUCAGAAAAAACUGCUUUUAUUUUAGAAUGGUAAUUCACUUAAGAUAAUGAAAUUAUAAAAUUUGGAGAAAGGAGAAUUCACUUUAGAGCAAGUCAUCUCAUUUAAUAAAUCCUUACGAAUCAAUCCUUUAAGGUUUAUUUGUGGAGCAAUAAGCAAAGAUUGGUAAUAUUUAGUAACCUGGNUAAAUUUAGUUAUCGUGUUCUCCUCUCAUUUUAUAUACUUUCCAAUUCUAAUUAAAUUUUACUUAUGA